CAAUCUCUCUUCAACUAGUGUAUAACAUUUUAACGAAUUAAUGUCUGAGUCUUCGUUUCUCUGCCUCCUCUUCUUUGUCAUUACAGUUUCUACCAUAAACGCCGAAGACUUGAUCGAUCAAACCUGCAAAAAAUGUGAGAACCGAUCCAUCAUCUUGAACUACGGCUUAUGCUCGACGUCUCUUCAGGUGAUUCCAGUGAGCCAUGCUGCGAAUCUUCAAGGGCUAGCCUUGAUCGCCAUGGAGCUGGCUCUGGAGAACGCAACCACCACACUGUCCACCAUAGAAAAGCUGAUGAUGAACACCACAAGUUUGGAUGGUGAUGAUGAAGAGCUUGCGUUGAGGGCUUGCUUGAGAGACUGCUUGGAGCUGUACUCUGAUGCUGCGUGGAGGAUCAUGAAUUCCAUCGGAGCUUUCUUGUCGGAGAACUAUGAGACGACCAAGACGUGGAUGAGCUCCGUCAUGGAAGCCGCAUCGACGUGCCAGGAAGGAUUUGCAGAGAAAGGUGAAGCGUCUCCAUUGACGAAGGAGAAUUACAAUCUCUUCCAGUUAUGUGGGAUUUCUCUUUGCAUCGUUCACUUGUCUACCCCAGCAAUACCUUCUUAAAGUCCCCAUGAAUCUUCAGGAUUCUGCCCACUGCUCCUGUCUUCCUGUUCCUUAGAUAAUAUAUCUUAAAUGUUUUAUCAUUAUAACUAAUAAUUCGAACUUUUAUUAUUAUAUUAAAAGCCCGGCAACCAGGAGAUCUGGAUGUAGUAGCAGGAAUUAGUCUCCAAUGAAAAUUUGGAAGAGAAAUGCCCACAUGAAUGCUAUGUGAGAACUGGAAGGCGGAAGCAUAUAUUCUUCCACGAACAAAUAUAUAUAGGAGAGCAUCAUAUAAAGAGGCUAA